AACAGUUCUAUUUGUAAUGUUUUGUGCUCAAAACAAACUAAUUCGGGCCAAAGAAUCAUCAAUUCAAUGCUGCAAUUUGCAAUUCAGAAAAGCCGUCAAAUUGCAGGACAAUGGAGGAAAUGUGCAGAGUUUGCAUGGGAACGUCUGGAGCAUUCACAAACAUUUUCACCGAGACACAAAUGUGGGACACCUGCAUUGCUGACAUGAUAGCUCAGUGUACCGGGUAUGAGGUUAGCCGAGGCGAUUCACUAUCCGAAAACAUAUGUCCGCCUUGCCUUGAGGAUGCAGUGAGUGCAUUCAAUCUUAAGACCACCUGCGAGCAGAGCCAUAAACUAUAUUUCAAACUGAUGGAAGAGGAUAAACAAGACGAAAUCUGUGAUAAUGAGGAGGACGAGGACUGGGAACCGUCAGAUAAUGAAAGUGAGCAGUCGAACAAUUUUGAAGCCGAUGCAAAGGUUCAAGGUGAUCGUUCAGACGAUCGUCUGUUCAAAUGUAGUCUUUGUCCAAAGAGCUAUGCGCAAAAAUCGAAUCUUAAUAGGCACAUAAAAUUGCAUACAGGUGAACGACCCUAUCAAUGCUCCCAGUGCUCAAAGUCCUUCAUAUAUAGGUCCAAUCUUGAAUUACACAACCGUACUCACACUGGGGACCGACCCUACUCGUGCUCUCACUGCUCGAAGACAUUUCAACAAAAAGGCCAACUCCGCGAUCACAUUCGUACUCACACGGGUGAAAGACCAUACAAGUGUUCUCACUGCUCGAAAUCUUUUUCAUGCUCUGGAUCUCUCCGGAUUCACAUCCGUAUGCACACGGGUGAACGACCCUACCCAUGCUCUCAAUGCCCAAUGUCUUUUGCACAAAAAUACCAUCUUGAAAGACACUUCCGUUUGCACACGGAUGAACGACCCUACCAAUGCUCUCAAUGCUCGAAGACAUUUAUAACAAAAUCAAACCUUGAGAUGCACACCCGCAUGCACACGGCUGGACGACUCUACAAAUGCUCAGACUGCUCGCAGUCAUAUCAGACAAAAUCCCAUCUGAGCGAACACCUCCGUACGCACACGGGGGAUCGACCCUUCAAAUGUUGCCACUGUUCCAAGUCAUUUAAGCAAAAUGACGAACUCAAAAAACACAUCCGCACUCAUACUGGGGAGCGACCGUUUCAGUGUUCUCUCUGCUCGAAAUCAUUUAAACAAAAAUGCCAAGUAAGCGAACACCUUCGGACUCACACGGGGGAGCGACCAUUUAAGUGUUCUCACUGCACAAAGGCUUUUUCGUACUCUGGAUCUCUGUGGGUUCACAUCCGUACGCACACGGGUGAACGACCCUACCAAUGCUCUCACUGUUCAAAGACAUUUAUAACAAAAAAUACACUUGAAAGACACACCCGUACGCAUAUGAGUGAAGGACCCUACAAAUGCUCCGACUGCUCGAAGACAUAUCAUACCAAAUCCCAUCUGAGAGAACACAUCCGUACACACACGGAGGAGCGGCCCUAUAAAUGUAACCACUGCUCGAAGUCAUUUAAGCAUACCCAAUCUCUUAAAAAACACAUCCGCAGUCACACGCCGAAUGAUAGUUAGAGCGUUCCAAAUACAAAAAAAAUAUCUCCCUAUUCCAGCACUACGUAUCUUUUUCCUUAUUUCCUUGGGUACUGAAUAUAUCCAAUAUCUAAGAUAAAAAAUCGGUAAAGCAAGAAAAAAAGAAAAUAUUUCGUUCAAACGAUCUAAUAUGUACUUAUCUGGAAGAUAAAGAUAAUAAAGCCAACUUAUUCAAUUA